GAAUAGGAUAGGGAGAAGAGUUAGGUAGAGAAGACUAACUGAGUCAUGACUCGUGAGUUGUGACGAGUUGUUGUUAUGCUUAAAUCCCUUCCCUUGGCGCUCUUAACAAAAUCCAAAAACCCUUUCUUUCUUCAACAAAUUCACCAUUGCAACUCUCAAAAAGCUUCGAUUUUUCUGCUAACCUCCUCCUCAAUCUCAUCCAGGAUAGCAUCGUUUGUUUCAGUGUCAUUAUAAUCGUGAAAGGCUCUCUAAAAGUGUCAUCAAAUCUCAAUGGAGAAAUGCUUGUCCACCGAAGAGCAGCAGGCAAAGGUACAUUUGACUCCCACAUUUUAUGAUUUUGAUCCUUUUCUAUUCCCUUGUCGUAAUACAUGAUGUUAUAUUUGUUAACACGCCCUUCAUGUAGCAAACAAGAGCCUCAUUGUAUGUGGAUAUAAUUAUCUCAAUCAAUGCGUUAUUCUGGGGUCUGAUUACAGUAUCCAUAUCGGUGACACACAAAGGCAAAUUAAAUGUAAAGAAACUCCAUUAGGAGUAGUAAUUCACUGUUUUGUUUAACUUGUUACUAUUCUUUGCUACUAUGAAACAAACUAAUCAUACAAAUUUUAAUUGCCUCAUAAUUUACUGUCAUCUUAUUUCUAAAAAUUAGAUCUUGAGUUUCUGCAGAUCAAUGAAGUCAGAAAGAUGAUAGGUUCUAUUGCUGAUAAGCUUCCAGAUAUCUGUUCAGAGGCAUCCAUAUUGAGGUAUCUCAGAGCACGGAGCUGGAAUACAGCAAAGGCAGGCAAGAUGUUGAAACAAACCAUCAAAUGGAGGCUAGACUACAAACCCGAAAACAUUCGAUGGGAAGAUAUUGCUCGUGAAGCUGAAACCGGAAAAAUCUACAGAGCUAACUAUUUUGACAAAUUCGGAAGGGCUGUUCUUAUCAUGAGACCUGGUUUCCAGAACACAAACGUUGUAAGUGGACAAAUCAAGUAUCUAGUCUAUUGCAUGGAGAAUGCAAUAAUGAAUCUAAAGUCAGACCAGGAGCAGAUGGUAUGGUUAGUCGAUUUUCAAAACUGGAACACUUCUAGCAUUUCAAUAAAGGCAACUCGGGAAACAGCAAAUGUCUUGCAGAAUCACUACCCCGAGAGAUUGGGUUUUGGAAUCCUCUACAAUCCGCCAAAAAUAUUCGAGUCCUUCUGGAAGAUGGUGAAACCAUUUAUUGAGCCAAAGACAUUCAAGAAAGUUAAGUUUGUAUACUCUAACAACCCUCAAAGCCAGAAGAUCAUGGAAGAGCUUUUCGAUAUGGAUAAGUUGGAAUCUUCAUUUGGGGGGCAAAACUCAGUGAGUUUCGAUUAUGAAGCUUAUGCACAAAGAAUGAAGGAAGACGAGAAGAACAUGUCUAAUCUCAUUAACUCUCGUUCUUCCUCACCAUCCCUAGUGUCCGAAACACAUCAGCUGUCAGAAGCAUUGGCUUCCGAUCUAGGUUCUGAUGGUGACGAAGUUAAAUCCUCAUCCGAUGAUGAAAUAAUCCCUUCUGAUUUGGUACUCGAUGAUGAGAAGACACCGGACCGAUCAGAGCUACACAAUGAUGGUAAAGAUGUUGUAAAUAGCAACAUCAAGUAGUAUGCAUUUGAGAUUUGGUUUAAAGGCUGGAAAUUUACUUAUUUUGAGGAGUAAAAUUCCAAAUAUAUAUAUAUAAUAUAUCUGUAACCUCCACAAACUAAUGCACAAGUGAAAUCUCUCAUUGGUUUUAUUGGUCUCCAAAUGAGAUUUUGUAAUAACUCAAACAAUGUAAAUAAAACUACAUAUUUCUUUCAUUUUGAUUAUGAAAGUGAUAAAGAUAUGGGAUGAUGUUGAUUGAGAGGUGGGAUAAAGCAUCCCCAAACUCAUUGAUCAAA